GGUUGUUGGUAGAUGUCCAGUCCUGGUUUAGACACCAGAAGAGCUGGAAGUGAAAUUUGAACGUCUCACAGCUCAAUCAAGGUCUAUAAAAUGUUCCCUCAAGCCCUGCAGCAAAUAUUCAACCGACAAAACACCCAGUUCACGCUCAUUUUUCUGGCGAUGGCUUCAUUCGGAUUUAUCGCGAAAAACGCCUCGAAUGGGGAAAAUGAAUUAGGAGAAUGUGCCGCCGAAGAUGCGGAGGACGAGACAAACGCUUUCGUUUCCCCUCUGUGUAGUUGCGGGAAGAAAAUUCCAAUGUCAACUAACGAAACGGCCGAUCCGAACGCUUUCCAGUGGUGCGGAACAGAGUCAUCCAUGCGAGGUCGUCAUCAACGUAUCGUGACCUACGCUCUAUUCGGAAAUGCUCACAACGCUUCCGUUUUCAGACGCUACUACUCCAAUUUGAGGAACAUAUCCCUGACAGUGGCCAAACAAUAUCCGGGAUACGUUAUUCGAAUUUAUCAUAAUCUCGUGGACGAGCCGAACAGCGAAGGUUACCGGCAGUUGUGCAACAUUUACUGCCGAUAUCCGAACGUCGACUUGUGCGACGUACCGGCGCUGGCCGACCGCAUUGGCAAUAGCACAACGCCGAUCGAUCCCGCUCUCGUCCGUGGACUCAAUCCAAAAAUGUACCGUUUUUUGGUCAUGCUCGAUCCCAAUGUCGAUGUGUUCAUUUCUCGUGACGUCGAUAGCCUCAUCUUUCCCAGAGAGGUCGAUGCCGUCAGACAAUGGCUCCCGUCCAAUUAUACGUUCCAUUUGAUGAGAGAUCACUCGGGCCAUGGCUCUAUCAUAUUGGCAGGAAUGUUUGGAAUAAAGCUCCAUGAAAGAAGGGAUCUGAUCGAAGGAUUGGCAAGAGCUUUGGUCCUUUCUGGGCAGAAUAAGGUUUUCCAUCAAGAUCAAGCUUCGCUGGAUCGCAUCCUGUGGCCUGUAGCAAAAUAUGACGUGAUGGCUCAUGACAGUUAUCACUGUGAGAAUCCGUACAUCGUCAAAACUAGUGUACUUAAGGUUUUUCCCUUUCCCACCCGACGAAACGGAAGUUAUUACGUCGGAGGUGCCGGUCACGAAAUGUAUCCAGCCGUUUGCCCAGUUGCCUGUCGUCCUCCUGACCACCAGGACUGGAUACAUUGUUAAUUCAACUUAAGUCAAUUACAUUAUUAAAAUGUUCUCAUUGAAUAAGUCAAAAAAUGAAAACGCAUAAUAACACACAACUUAAACUUGA